AUGUUAAAGUCAGUCCUCAAUAAGCAGACCACCCUCGUUGGGAAAAAUCUCAUUCAUCAAGCUCAAAGACAAUUCGCCGUUAUCGGUAUUGAUUUGGGAACAACCAACUCUUGCGUUGCCAUUAUGGAAGGAAACAAUCCAAAGGUUAUUGAAAAUGCAGAAGGUCAGAGAACUACUCCAUCAACUGUAGCCUUCACUGAAGACGGUCAAAGACUCGUCGGUGUCCCAGCAAAGAGACAAGCUGUUACUAACCCAGAGAACACAGUCUUUGCUUCAAAAAGACUCAUUGGUAGAAGAUUCGAAGACCCCAACACUCAAAAAGAUCUUAAGCAUCUUCCAUAUAAGGUAGUCAGGGCAGGCAACGGUGAUGCCUGGAUUGAGGCCAGAGGUCAACAAUACUCACCAUCAUAAAUCGGUGCUUUCGUUUUAAUGAAGAUGAAGGAGACUGCUGAAGCUUAUCUUGGUAAGUCAGUGAAAGAAGCUGUCGUUACCGUACCAGCUUAUUUCAAUGAUUCACAAAGACAAGCAACUAAAGAUGCUGGUAAGAUCGCAAAUCUUGAGGUAAAGAGAAUUAUUAACGAGCCAACCGCUGCUGCUCUUGCCUUUGGUUUAGAUAAGACUGAUGGAAAAGUUAUUGCAGUAUACGAUUUAGGUGGUGGCACCUUUGAUAUCUCACUUCUCGAAAUUUCUGGAGGUGUUUUCGAAGUAAAAGCAACCAAUGGAGAUACCUCACUAGGAGGAGAAGAUUUUGAUCUUUCUGUAUAAAACUUCCUCAUUGGAGAGUUCAAGAAACAAUACAAUAUGGAUAUCUCAAAGGAUAAAUUAGCAUUACAAAGAAUUAGAGAAGCCGCUGAGAAGGCAAAGAUCGAACUUUCAUCAACAGCUCAAACUGAAGUCAACCUUCCUUAUCUCUCAGCUGAUGCUACUGGACCCAAGCAUUUGCAAGUCACAAUUACCAGAGCAAAGCUCGAAUAAUUAGUAGACUCACUUAUCUCAAGAACUAUUAAGCCACUCGAAUCAUGUCUUAAGGAUUCAGGUUUAACCAAAGAUAAAAUUGACGAGGUUCUAUUGGUUGGAGGUAUGACCAGAAUGCCAAAGGUUCAAGAGACUGUUAAGGCUUUCUUCCAAAAAUCACCAAACAGAGGAGUCAAUCCAGAUGAGGCCGUUGCUAUUGGUGCUGCAAUUCAAGGUGCCGUUUUAACUGGUGAGGUUAAGGAUAUUCUCUUAUUGGAUGUUACCCCACUUUCCCUCGGUCUUGAGACUCUUGGAGGUGUCAUGACUAAAUUGAUUCAAAGAAAUACAACCAUCCCAACCAAGAAGUCCCAAGUUUUCUCUACUGCUGCUGAUAAUCAAACCAAGGUCUCAAUCAAGGUUUACCAAGGAGAGAGAGAAAUGGCUGCUGAUAACAAAUAUCUAGGAGAAUUCGAGCUCGGAGGUAUUCCAAUGGCACCAAGAGGUCACCCAUAAAUUGAAGUCUCAUUUGAUAUCGAUGCCAACGGUAUCAUGAAUGUCUCAGCCAAGGAUAAGAGUACCGGAAAGGCUCAAUCAAUUACCAUUAGAUCAAGUGGUGGUCUUUCAGACUCAGAUAUUGACAGAAUGGUUAAGGAAGCUGAAAACCUAAGAGAAUCAGAUAAAAAGAAGAGAGAAGUUAUUGAUCUUAAAAACGAGUCAGAUACUAUGAUCUAUAACACAGACAAGCAACUACAAGAACACUCUGCUAGAAUUCCAGAUUCAGUUAAAGAACAAGUUAGAGGAGAUAUAACCUCACUCAAUGAAGCAAUCACCACUGAUGAUUCUAACAAAAUUAGAGAAGCCCUUGAGAGACUCAAGAACUCUUCAAUGGAGAUCGGAAAGGCAAUCUAUGCCAACGUUGACAGCAACCAACAACAAGAAUAGCAAUAGCAAGAAUAACAACAACAAACUACUGAAGAAAAUAAAGAUUAGAAAUAAUGA